AUGGAACGUUUCAAAUGGCCAUUACCAGCGUCCACCGCCGCAUACAGCUCAAACGGCCAACUCACGGCUUGCAUUCACCCCCCACUGGUGCUCUGCUUCGACAACGACUCGCUUCCGCACCAGGCCUACUCAAUUGAGCACGGUCUCAGCGCCUUCAUCACCCGCCCAGCAGUACCACAGCCCAUCGCACGGCCUCGAACGCGCCCGCCUCGACGAGUCAGGGGUCGUCAGGUCGUCAGGCCGUCAGGAGCAGCAGCCGUACGAUAGGCCAACGCUCCGAUCUUAUCGAGAGACGAUAUCACAGCGAAGACUACCGUACUAGUGCUCGAAGGACACAGCCCGGCCCCACCUUCGCGCACCUCCCGCCAGGAUAUAUCAGCACAGGGGCCGAUCGCACGCCUGACACCUUCCCUCCCUCGAUCUAUAUAUCUCUUGCUCACACACGACCAGUGAGUUGUCGCAACGCAACACCCUUUUGGACGCUCAGCGAGUCGUGUAGCUGACCCAGCCAACCCAUCCUUCCUACCUGCUCCUUCUGCGCUUCCGUCUCUCUCUCUCUCUCCUGUGUUCGUACCGAAUGGGGUCGCACUGCUCUCGCGUCGUCACGACCGCGAACAUCAUCAUCCAUCGUGCCACCUUCCAUCAGUGGACGACAUCUCCAACUCGUCCUCGGCAUCCUACACCAACUCGUGGAUCUCGUCAGUCUCGAGCACUCGGGACUAGCACGUGCACACUGAAACAUUCCGAGCUAAUCCGACCCCGACUCGUGCAGAUGGUUCUUGGCAUCGAAAGGGAACGAGUACUUUUGCGAAGUCGACGACGAGUACAUUAUCGACCGCUUCAACCUCACCGGAUUGAACGCCGAGGUGCAAGGCUACAGCGCCGCGUUGGAGUUGAUCACCGACACAUCAGGUCCGUCCUCUCGUGCAUCGGCCUCUUCCUCUUUUCAUACCACUCAUCCCCAAUCCAUUCCUGCCCACAGCCGAGGAAGAUAUCGAAGACGAGCAACGCGAACAACUCGAACUGGCCGCACGGCACCUCUACGGCCUCAUCCACGCGCGCUUCAUCAUCACCUCCCGAGGGCUGUCCAAGAUGAUCGACAAGUACAAGAAGGGCGAAUUCGGUCGAUGCCCCCGCGUGCUCUGCUACGGUCAAGCCCUUUUACCGCUCGGUCUUUCGGACGUGCCCUAUCAAAAAGCGGUCAAGUUGUACUGCCCACGAUGCGAGGAUCUGUAUUCGCCCAAAUCGACUCGACACGGUGCGAUCGACGGCGCCUACUUUGGUUCGACCUUCCCCCACAUGCUGUUCAUGGUCUACCCUGGUAUGAUCCCGAGUAAGAGCGUGCCCGGAGCAGGCGCCGGUGGACAAGGACAAGGGGGACCCCAGGGGGGUUUGGCGAGUGGUGCGGCGAGUAAAGUGGAGAGGAUUAGGCCGAGGAUCUUUGGGUUCAAGGUGCAUGAAUCGGCAAAGUUGCAGAGGUGGCAGGAGAGGGUCAGGGAUCGUCAGAUUGCGAGACUAGAGGAAAUCGAUCAGAAUGGCCAGUUGGAUUGA